AUGGCGGCCCCGGGCUGGGCGCCCACCCACGCGCGGGUGACGGUGCUGCGGGCGCGGGGGCUGCGCUCCAAGGCGGCGGGCGGCGGCGGCAGCGACGCGUACGCGGUGAUGGCGCUGGGCCGCGACAAGUUCCGCACGUCGGUGGCCGAGCGGUGCCGGGGGGAGCCGCUGUGGCGGGAGGAGGCCACGUUCGAGCUGCCGCCGCGGCCCGCGCUCCGCCUCACCGUCCUGCACCGCGCCCUCACCGGCGCGGACAAGUUCCUGGGCCGGGCGGAGGUGGAUCUGGCGGCGCUGAGGGACGACGGAGGGCGGCGGCACACCAGGUGGUACAAGCUUCGCUCCAAACCGGGGAAGAAGGAAAAGGAGAGGGGGGAGAUCGAGGUGGACAUCCAGUUCAUGAGGAGCAGCAUGACAGCCAGCAUGUUUGACCUGUCCAUGAAGGACAAGCCUCGCUCUCCCUUUGGGAAGCUCAAAGACAAGCUCAAGGGCAAGAGGAGCAGCGGCCUCUCGGACACGGCGUCGGCGAUCGUUCCCAGCACGAGCCACUCCCCCGCCGACAGCGAGGACGAGGCGGUCGAGAAGGAAAAGAAGAAAUCCAAGUUCAAAGCGCUGUUCUCCAAACCUGGGCUGCAGAAGACCCUGUCCCAGUCCAUGUCAGUCCUGCCCACGCAGCAGCCCGUCACCCAGAAGGUUCGGCUUCGGCCCAGCGACUUCCAGCCCCAGUGGGAUGAGGAGGAGUCUGAGACCUCUCCGACCUCAGAACGAGCCCUUGGAAAUGCCCUGGAAGAGAAGCCAGCUCCUUCUCCUCUGUUUAAAUCUCGUAAGACAGCCCUUUUGGACAGCAGGCAGCUAACCCAAGGCACCAGUAACCACACCAAGAAGGAAGGGCUCUCUUUGUUCAGUGGCCUGAAAUCCAAAAGCGAUCCCGUUUCCAAGUCUAGCCUGUGUAUCAACGGCAGUCACGUUUAUAUGGAAGAGACCACGACGAAGGACAACGCUCCAGCCUCCUCUCCCUCUCCUCUCAACUUCAGGAGGAAGCAGCUCUUUGCUUCAGAGGAGAACCUGUCCUCCAGGUCCAGCAAACCACCUGAAGAGACAGGAAGAACCUCUCCUAGUCAGGCUUUCUCUGGGCCCACGUCCUUGGAGACCUUCAAAUCCAUGACUCUGCCGUCGUACAAACUGCUGAGCAGUGAGGAGCCCCUGGACACCAGCGUUCCCCCGAGCACCGAGGCUGUGAGGGAGCCCAAAAAACCAGACCACAAAAAGUCUGCCCUGCUCUCCCUGGUCACUGGGAAGAAAGAAGUGGGGAAGAUGGGAGAUGCUGACAGUAUUCCUGACAGGACCCUGCAGAGCGAGGAGAACAAAAUUCCAGAAGAGAACAGUGAAGAGGAGGCCAAAUGUCUUGAACCCCCAGCAGAGCUGGGCAGAGGGGACCCAUCAGGAGACACUCAGAGCACAGAAGACACCUUUGCAAACAAGCGGCCGCUCGGCCCUGGUGAGGAGGAACAGAAACCCGAAAAAGCUGCUGCCCCAGCCAAGACCAAAGCUGUGAAGCCCACAGUGAAGCCCAGACUGGGCCUGUCUCCAGAGGAGGAACCCAAAGCCACGCUUCCUACUCUUGCACCUGACCCCCUCCCUGCUUUUCUUUCUGUGCACCGUAUCAGCAGUGCCAAUAAUCCUUUUGUUUCUAAAAUGGGGCAGAAAGUCCAAGUACCAGACUCUGAAAACAUCACUAGUUCUUCUGCCUCUCUCACUUCUCCUGCUUUUGCUGCAGAGCUUUGGAAUGGCAAGAACCCCUUUACUCCCGAGUGGGACAGGGCAUCCACAGCCCUGGAUCCCGAUGGGAUUGCCCCUUUCCCUUCAUCCCAUCGUCUUCCAGCCUCUGUUCCCAAAGCAUCUCUUCCUGGGCAGGUCUCUGCCAGGGGUAAUAAUCCCUUUGCUGCUGACUGGGGGCAGGGUCCUGAGAGCUCUGCUGUGGGGGCUCCCCGGGGUCUCUCUCUCCCCCACACACCUUCCCUCCCCUCUGGUUGUCACUUCAAUGACAAUAAUCCCUUCGUGUCCAAGCAUGGGGGGCAGGCAGGUGUGCCAGGUUUCCAGAGUGUUGCUGGUUCUUCCCCUUCCUACCUCCCUCGUGGUGAGGACUGUUCCUCAGCAGGACACCCAAGUCACGAUGCUUCAGGGGGCUCUGCAGAUGUGGCUGUAACUAGAGGUGUCACAGCUGUGCCAGACCCUCUUGGCACCUUGUCUGAUCCCCCUUCUGACCCUCCUGGGCUGGCUCAGAAGCAGCACUGGGAUUCUCCCCAGCUUCACCCUGAGGAUUCUUUGGAAAGCUCUCAGCUGGGUGGUGGGAAAUCCGUGUCCUUUGUCCUGGGUGGAUUGCAGGGUGUUACAGCAGGUGAUGGAGGUUUGGGUGGGCAGGAAGGUGGAGAGCAGUGCUCUGAUUCCACUGGCAGGUUGGGUCCAGGGGCAGCAGGGGGGCGGGCAGGGUUUGGUGGGGAGCUGGGAGCAGGGCACUGCCCAUCAGCAGAGCUCUGCAGUGACAGCACAGGCCCCCUCCAGAACAGCGAGCCCACCGUGGAGGUCACUGGUGCAAACGCUGAGCCCUGCACAAGGGGUGACACAGGUUGUGCAUCUCUCUCCAAGUCUGGUUACAGCCUCGUGCCAGUGACCAGAGCUGGGAGUGAGCCCGGGGAGGAGCAGGAGGUCUGUGCUGGAGAGCAAUGGGCAGAGUGUGCACCCCCCUUAGAGCCUCAGGCAGCUCCACUGGCUAAAAUCGACUCACUUCCCCAGGUCAGAGCAGCCCUGGGAGCCUGCUCGGUGUCCCCUCGGGAAGCAGAUGCAGAGAGGGAUGGCAAUGAGGUCCUUUUCCCACCAAAGCCAGCCCCAAGGAGGGCUGUGGCACUGAGGAAGGGCCCAUUGGUUUCCCAGGCUGAGUUAAAGGGUGAUGCUCCUUCUUCAGGUGAUGGUGUAAAAUCCACACCUGGGCUCCUGUUACCUGCUGGUGAAGCCUCAGCUGCUCGUGGGUGCCUCCCCCAAAGUGGCUCCUCUGAGACUGUCCCUCCUCCAGUGACACCUGGAGGUGAUAGGCCUUUAAAAAACGAAGGUGAGGACGAUUUAUCUGCCGGUCUCACGAGUCUCAGGGCUGCCAUUCCCGUUCCUGGAGACCGCGGCUCCAAAGUGGCCAGUUUGCCAGUGAUCCUGGAGGGAGGCUCCGAUGAUGAGCUGCUGGGGGACUGCCAGGAGGGCCGUGGGCUCACUGCAGGUGAUGAAGGUGUUUCAGGGCCUGGAGAGCAGCCCCCAGGUCUGGCACCUUUGCAUGGAAUGCUCUCUGAGAGCUCAGCUGCAGCCCCCACGACCCUGGCUGCUCCGGGAGGAGAAGGAGGAGAAAGAGGUGUUCCUGGUGCUUGUAAACCAGGCGGAUCACCCGUGCUGCCUGCUGCAGUGGGUGCUCCCAGGGUCAGUGUCCAGGGAGCUGACUCAGGCUUAGGUGUGACGUCUCAUUCCAGGGAGUGCAGCAGUCAUUUUGAGAAACAGGAGCUGGAAACCAGUGCGGGUGUUGAGGAGCCUGCAGAGCGUGACCUCUCUCAGCCUUCUGCUUCCUCUUCCUCCCUCUCGAGUCCUUGCCACCUCUCCUCUUCCUCUCACUCCCUUCUCUCUGACACCCCAAGUCGUAGAGCAGAGUCUCCGAAAAAGCCAACAGCCGAGGGCUUCGCAGAUAAAGCGGGAAAUUCGGGCAAGAAGAAGCUUCUCCAGGCACGGGUUUCACCCUCUGAAACGUUCCCUAACCAAACCCCGCGGGGUGGUGAAACCGUGUCUCCCAAGCACAGACUCCAUCCUGUGAAGCCAAUGAAUGCCAUGGCAAACAAGUCUCAGAGUAAAAACCUGAAUGUCAUCAGCACCAUGAACGAAAAACUGCUGGAAAUGAGUGUGAAGAAAUACGAGCCCUCAGACCCUGCCUACGCCUAUGCCCAGCUGACACACGACGAGCUGAUCCAGCUGGUGCUGAAGCAGAAGGACACGAUUACCAGGAAGGACGUCCAGGUGCGGGAGCUCGAGGACUACAUCGACAACCUGCUCGUCAGGGUCAUGGAGGAGACCCCCAACAUCCUCCGUGUUUCCAUGUCUGGGAACAAAAAAGCUGGGAAGAUGUGAAGGGUCUGGGCACGCUGGAGAAGAAAGGCUGAGUUCCCACCAGAGGAGCCGGUGUGGAGCCGGUGGUGCCGCCCCUGGAAAAUGACCUUUUUCCUGUUUCUGCCUUGAGCAACUCUCGGGUUGAUUAGUAGUUCCAUCAGCUCUUGUAAUGGAGUCACCUUAUCAUAUUUAUUAUUUGUUUUCUUCCCAUUGUCUGGGAAGAUCAGGCAUUAAUCCAAAGGCUGGUAGUGAUGGAAGGGAGGAGGGUUUUUGAUGUGUUUUGCUUCCCCAGCAAGGCACUGAUGAUCCUUUAGGAAGAUUGGUUUUUUUAAUGGUUUUGUUUUGUAGCAGCUCUGAUAGAUCAGUUACUCUUCUUUCCAUAUCUGAAGUUGUAGUGCAAUAUGGAGCCUUGUACAGUAGAGCUUGAAGAUUUGAUUGUUUUUAAAAUAAUAACUAACUACACUGGAGAAGUCCAAAGAUGUCCCAGCUUCAGACCUGGGCUGUAAUUUAAAAGAAAUUAAUGCCCUGAAAGUUGAACCUAAGUUAAAAGAUUAGAAAGGAAGAAGCAAAUCUCAGUUCAAGUGGAUGUUGUUCCAAAGAGUUCUCCAAGGGGAGUUUUGCAGGUUUUUUGGUGUAGGAGACGUUGAUGUUCACGGUACAUCUCUACCAUAGGAAUGGCAACAAUGGAUUUGGACCAAAGGUACCUUGCUGCUCAGAGGGGGAGGAAUCCUGUGGAGCUGAGGGGUGGUGGUUUUGCUGGACAAUCAGUGGAGACAGGGCUGUUCUCCUCCCCACCCCACAGCAGGAGCAGCUCAGUGCUGCUGAGCAGCCACCACAACCUCCUCCUCCUCCUCCUCCUCCUCCUCCUCCUCCUCCUCUGAAAACUAAAUGUGACUUUUUAUUUUUUUUUUAAGCGAGCUCUUGUCAAAGAUCAAAAAAAGAAAAUAAAGAUCAGAUGCCUCUUUGCACCUCUGGGAUUUACCAGGGCUGGGAGAGUCUAUAAAGGGCUUAGAAGGAAGUUGGAAUACAGAGUGGGGAGCAGAGGACCAAAGCUUCAUGAGGACCAAAGCUUAAAGCUUUCCAACCUUAAUUCUGUGGAAGUAAACACUCCCACCUUUGGAAGUUGUUGGGUUAUUGGCUCUCACCCCUGGCUCAGGGCUGAGUUUCUAACUCACUUUUUCUACAGCAAAGCACUUUACAGCUGGCUGGACUCUCACCCUGUGAGCAGUCUGCCUACAAUUGUCAGAAACCACUGGAAACCACUGGAGAUCUCAAAUACUGUAUUUUUGUAGCAAAGAGCAGUUUAAUAUAUUUGCCUGGAGAUGUAAACAUUUAUUAGGAAAAUCAAAAAAGUGCUGUUAAUGACAUUUUUAUUCCUCUAAACUGACCUACUACCAAAGUCUGGAGCUUCUCUGGCAGAGCUGCCCCUUAGGGGGAGCUCGACCUGAAACAAGCCUUAAGUUCAAGAGUCUUCCAAGACUUCAGGUACUUCUUUUUCCUCAUUUUAGUGUUAUUUGAGCAGUGUCUGCAACAAGGGGGGUUCUCUCUUUUCUCUUGUACCCUCUGCUGUGAAUGAAGGGUCCCAAAUGCAGGCGGGGGUGGUUUAAUCCUGAGUGGUGCUGGUUGGCCUUGCUGAAACUGCUGCUGCUUCUUGUGCCUUCUUGAGGGAGGAAGAUGAAGGAUUGAUUUGUUUCCUCCUUGUGCCUCGGUGGAUCUCUGGAAAAGAGGAUCCUGUACCUCACUGACAGAUUUGGACUUUAGACUUUUAUUCCUUGGCUUUUCUGAUCUGGGUCACAAAGGAGAGCCGUUUGUGCCUUGGACCUUGUUUUUAUUGAUAACACUUCUUAAAACCUUCCUUUGGUGUGCGGGGACUGGCAUUUUAUUUCCUUUAAGGGCCUUAAGAAUCACAUAUAUUGUUUUAUUAUUACUGAAGGAUCUCAAUGUAUUUCCCCCCCAGUUUGUACUCUCUGCUUUUUAGCCCAGGUACUGUUUUGUUUUUAAACACCUUUUUUUGGUUUUCAUGGAACACUAAAAAUAAAAAACACCUUAAACCCAC